AAGUAUAUAUCACUCUCACUUCAUUUUAACACGUAUCGUUCUGCUCGCGAACCUGAAAGGGACAGAGAGAAAUCUCCAGAUAUGCUGGCCCUGCAACUAAGCAAGAGACUGUCUCGAUCUCUUUCAUCUUCUUCUACUACAACUAUUACUUUUCAUAGAACCCUAACAACACUCACACAAUCUUCUUCUCAUUCACUAUCUUACUUGCUAUCCUCGGUCAAUCAUUACAUCACUGGCACCGGCAAUGUCGAUGCAUGUCCGUGGUCCACCAUUCAAUCUCGCGGCGUCAAAGUUACUGCCAUCCAUUUAAAACCUGGCAAUGUUAUUCAGAGAAAAGGCAAAAUUUAUGAGGUGGUGGAUGCAAGGCAUAAGCAGCAGGGAAGAGGAGGAGCAAUGAUGCAGGUGGAGCUUCGCAACAUAGACGGUGGAAAUAAGGAAAGCUUACGGUUUGGUACAGAGGAUGCUGUUGAAAAGGUAUUUGUUGAGGAGAAGUACUUUACGUGUUUAUAUGUAGAACAUGGAACAGCAUAUCUAAUGGACCCUGAAAAAUUUGAGCAACUUGAAGUGCCAACAGAGUUGUUUGGUGAGGCUGCUGCAUAUCUGAAAGAGGAAAUGAAGGUUACAUUGCAGUUAUAUGAUGAAAGACCUUUGUCUGGGUCAAUUCCAAAACAUGUUACUUGCACCAUAAAGGAGACACCACCUCAUGUGAAGGGGCUUUCAGCUACACCUCGGUAUAAAAAGGCCCUGCUGGACAACAAUGUCACUAUUCUAGUACCUCCUUUUUUAGAGGUUGGUGAAGAAAUAGUUGUCAAUACUAUUGAUAACUCCUAUAUGAGAAGGGCCAACUAAUAAUGGGAACAUGCUGCCUCGUUCGUGGAGGGAGGUAUGUAUUGCAAAAUAUAUUUAUUGAUGGAAGCUAGAAGAUAGGGCUAGGUUUAGGAAACAAUGAAAAAAAUUGAAUUGUUCUUUGAUGCCAAAAUAAUAUCCACGUGUAUAGACCUGGAUGCUAAUUCUGAGUUGUCCUUGGCCUUGUGUGGAUAUUAAUUUGUUACACUAUUAUAUUGAUGAGAAAUGGAGAAUAAAGAGUAUAUUAA